GGGGUCACAUUUGUCAAUUCGCAUCGGCCGACGCUUCCUUAUCCCUCACCCCACACUCUCCACUCUGCACUCUUCCCCCAAUAAUUCUCGCCGCCGGCACAUUCUCCGAUGGGCAGAGGUCGGAAGUUCAGCUGGGGGUCGGCCCUGGUCGGAGCGGCGGCGGCGACGGCGGCGGCGCUAGCUCUCUCGGCGAAGCCACGGGACCCGACGUUCCACCUGAUCUCCAUCGAUCUGACCUCGUUCAAGCUCAACUUUCCGGUCCUCGACGCCGAGAUGAUCCUGACCGUCCACGUCACCAACCCUAACAUCGUCCCGAUCAACUACUCCGACACAGAGAUGGCAAUCUAUUACGCCGGCUCCCUCCUCGGCUCGGCUCCCGUCCAAGCCGGCUCCCAGCCGUCCCGCUCGUGCCAGCUCCUCCGGCUCCCGGCACGGCUCAGCGGCCUCCAGCUGGCGCACCACGCGAAGGACCUCCUCGCCGACGUGGGCCGGCGGGAGAUGGUGCUCGAUUCGACGGUGGAUAUCAGCGGAGCCGCCAAGGUGCUGUGGUGGGACCACAAGUUCAAGGUGCACGUGGACAGUCACGUGAUUGUCGAUCCCGUCUUCCUCGACGUCAUUGAUCAGGAAAAUCAAUCCAAGCUGGAAGUCUUCGUUCACGAAUGACCACAAUUGACCCUUUUUUACCUUAUUUUUACCGCUGAUUAAUUACUAUUACUGCGUCUAUUUAUAGUUACUGCUCUGUCGAACACUACAUAGAAAGAGAGCUCUAGAAAAUGAUUGCAGUGACAGUCGAUUUUGAGUUAUGCUUAAAUUUUUACAUCUCUAUAUUCUGUGAUUUGGUAUCGUCGUCGUUAUCGUGGUUGUUGAUGAUUGAAUUUAGCCUUUGGGUGCUGAAUUAAUCCAAACCCUAUAUUAUAUUAUCAACGGUCCAGAUUGAUUUGUUAUUUCAUCUUUAAUUACGUAAAAGACCAAUGCCUGAUUUUGACAUGGCUGACAAGUGCAAUUUUAUUAAACCUUAAAUAGUUAUUUAUUUUAUCUAACAAAUCCGUACACCGUGUUAACAUCUGAAGCAACUUGUAAUAAUAAAAUUAGCAAACAAUUGGAUGAAAAUAAAGAGAUAUUGUCUCUUAAAGAUGAAUCUAGUUACGCUGAAAUUGAAUUUGUAUGGUCGUGGAUUCAAACUCUGACGCCUCAGGUCACUGCCCAUACAUAUGGUUCGAAAAUCACGUCAUCAAAAAAAAAAAAAAAAAAAAAAAAACAA